UUUGUAGUUGAUAGAACCAAUCAAUGUAUUAUUCUAGUUGCAGUAAAGGCAGCAGCUCUGCAAAUGUCAAUCCACAGGUGUUUGUUCUUCUAGUGUGUGUGUGUGUGUGUGUGUGUGUGUGUGUGUGUGUGUGUGUGUGUGUGUGUGUCCUUAUUUGUGUAAAAGAAAAUUGAGGCCCAUUGCUCAGGGACGUGCACCAUCAAAUGAUGAAAAAUGAUGAAUACUGACCCACAUUGGAGACAUUGGCUGCAUCUCAGCGUUCAAUAGGUCAGAGGUAUAAAGCACAUUGUGGCAGUGUAAAAGAGAGGAAUGGAGUCGGAGCAAAGACUGUAAACUGAAAUUCACAUCUUCAGGGGUUUGGAUGAAGAGAGGCUCAGGGUUCGGGAGAGGACGAUGUGGUGUCCAUGGCGGACUCCACCAUCACCGUGGACGACAUUGAGGGGGAGCUUUUUAAGAUUGAGAGGAUCAGGGACGUCCUGGUCAGGAGGGAGUCAGAGCUUAGAUACAUGAUGGAUGACAUUCAGCUGUGCAAGGAGAUCACUCGUCUGAAGAAAGAGCUGCAGAAAUUAGUGUCCAUACCAGAUAAUGACAAGUCAAACGAGGACCGGCAGAAGGAAGAAGAACUACUGCAGCAGAUCCACAAGCUGGUCGAGACCAGAGAUUUCCUGGUGGACGAUGUGGAGUUUGAACGACUCAGGGAGAAAGAAGAGGAUAAAGAAAUGGCAGAUUUUCUGCAGUCCAAAUUCCCAAGAAAUAUGAAGAAGAAAGGUGUACCAACCAGACGGGCUCCAUCCAGGGCUCAGCAGACAUCUUCUCCCUUCGCCAAGACAGGCCUCACUCUGCUAAAGGAGUGCUGUGGCUUCACAUGCUCCAUCAUGUAGACUGGAGUCAAAAUGCAGGGCCCCACUGCAGGGUUGACACAGGGGCCACAAAUCAAAAUUGGCCACUCCACAAGAGUCAAUAUUUCCAGUUUCAGCUUUUCAGUCCGAGAAAGACUUUGAAGCAUGGAUUGAGCAGUACAGAUGCAAGUUGAGAAUUCCCCACAGGGAGUGCAAAGUAUGUUGCAAAGAUCAUGUGGUGUGUUUCCCAUGCCAAGACCCAAGUUUGUCUUGUGUUGGAUCUGUUUGUCUCUUUCAUUGGACUUUAUAUCUUGUUUUGUUUUAAUGCUGUCUCUGCUCUCCACGUCUCUCAACCCACUCCCGUUUUCAUUUUUACUCUUGUUAAUCAUAACUGCUCAGCAAGCUUCUUGUGAUUAUCAGCUACCAAAAGGAACAACCAGACACAUAGUUUUUAUUUCUCUUUUUCAGGCCGAGAGGACAGGGUUUAAAGCACAGAAACAGCAUAGCACAAGUCAGGCAUGUAUUGUGAACACACUAAUUGGAUUACUACACGUUUUUUUAAAGACUUUGCUGAGCUAUAACCGUCAUCUCCUCAUUAAAAAACAAGUAGCUGUUUUGCAGGAGUCAGCAGGUCAGUCUAGACACACUGCUGGCACUUAAUAAUCACCAGUAAGGAGAUAACAAGAAUGAAAUUGACAUUAAUCAGGAGCUCUGUUAGGAUGAAGUUGCUUGUGAUUUGACUCCAGAUCCAAAUGGGUACGACCUUUGAAAAGCAGAGGUUUGUGAAGAAAGAACGGAUGUCUCAUUACGCUGCAUUUAUAUUGACUAAUGUCUACUUUUUUAUAUGUUGCAAAGAAAUAUAGAAGAGCAUCCCACAGUAUACCUUUUUAAGCUUUUUUGCUAAUCCUCACUAUAGUGUUUUUUUUUUUUUUUUUUUUUUACAAGAAAAGACCUGGCUUCAUUAUUUUAUUACAUAUUUCUCAUGAGUGUUUAACACAUACAGUACAGCACUAACAUGUUGACAGCGGAAGUGUUAUGUGAGGAUACUUUCAGUAUUAAUACAUAGGUGUCCAUAUUGUACUGUAUGCAAACUGAGGUAUAUAUAUAGAUAGACUGCUCACACUUAAAUUAGUCAUUCUUAGUCCAGUGCGCUCACUUUAGUAUCAUCCAUUAUGCAUGUUUCCACAAACGAUAUGGAUCAACACUCAGCUGACACUGCAGACCACUACACCUUAUAUAAAUAUAACCACGUCAGUGAUAAAGACAGUCCUCAUACGCAUCAAGGCACACUUGACAGUGUUUUGAGUGGGUACUUUAUGUUUCAUAUUAAUCUACUGGCUAGGGGCAAAAAAUCCUUUAGCCCACUUCCACUAAAUAUUAUGUAUGUUUUGCCACCCCAUAUUUUAUCAGUUAUUCUGUCCUAAAUAUUUACCUAGAGAAGGUGAAUGUAAGGCUCGUGUUGCCAAGAAGAAUAGUCGCCAUAGCAACCUUGUAUACCCAAUAUCUUUACAAUGAGACAAUGAGGAAGGUUGGAUGGAUCGUAGAAAUGAGACCUCAGGUGUCAUAUCAUGGUUGCCUAAUGAAAUGUAAACAGGAGACAGAAUAAUAUUGCUGUGGUUAUUUUGGUGAUUUUCAUGUUUUUGAUUCACUCUGGUGAUAACACAGCCUACUUAGGAUUGAAAAGAAUAUACCCUAAUUUAUCCUCUGAAUUCCUUUUUGCAUUCUUUUAGAUAAAGUAACAAUCGCAUGGAGAUUAAGUGAACACAAGGCUGCUUUGCUUGGCUGGAAAGUAGACAUAUUGGAGAUAACUGUUUUUAGAUGCUAAUUGAAGGUCUCUUAAAUCAUUGUAAUCAUUAUAGAUUAUACAUUUCUCAGUGAACCUCCUAGUUUGUGUCUCACCCCGAUUGACACAGCAUUCUUUUUUAUGGUUUAUUCCCAACUAGUCUUUGGGAUGGAUACAGAUGUCUGUUAUGUUCAAUCGCUGGAUCUUUUGAUAUUCAGUCUCAACACUGUCAUAGAACCUCUGGGUCACGUAUCACCGAGCAUGGCUGGUGUUGUCAUGGAGGUUCACAGGGGAAUUAGAUGUGUGCCAAUGCUGUUGAAAUAACAGCCAUGGUAGAAACACAAAAAGUACCAGGAUUUCUCCUUGUUAUAUGGGUGUGUUUGUCUAAAUCAUAUCUGACAAGAGGUUGAUACCCUGAUGGGGAAAUUUGCCUUACAAUGUACACCAUUUUGCCAAUACAGAACUAGUGUAUUUAAAAAAGGCAUUAAUGGUUAUAUAACAGGGGCUAACUUACAACUAUACUUUGGAUAUACAUAUCUUGGAAAAACAAUAUCUAUCAUCUGAAGCAAAGAAAAAUCAGUUUAUACAAAAAUUAACAAUGCUUUUUCAAGUAUGUUCCCACGGUUGAACUGCACAGUAAAUAAAUGUAUCCCUUUGCCCUAAGAAAGACUUUCAUCUAAUCAGUAAUUAUUUUAUAUGUUGAGACAUGAGUGCGUGACAUGUUUCUGUUCUUCACUGUUCACAUUUAGAUAUCAAACCAGCUGUUCACACCAGCUAGAGGGUGUGUUACAGCCCCUAACUGUGCUCUGCACGAGACAAGCGAGGAUCGACGAAUUCAUUGAGGAAAAUUCUUAGAGACGUGGAACAGACCAUGUAGCCUCUUAUGAGAGACGCAGUGUCGCAGGAGAGGGAGUCAGAGAGAGAAAGUGAUAUCAGGAGAGAGGUUGAAGUGGUCGAAAGCAGGGGAGAUGAAGAAAAAGAGAGAGAGAGAGUGGGAGGGUAUAAAGUUAGAUGGGUCUAAUCUUCAGUGUGAGUCAUCCUUAGUGAAAACAAUGUGAGUUCCCACAAGGGCAGCUCUCAUUGAACGCUACGUGAAAAGGUCACGACUGUCAUUCAAACACCAUAAUCCUGAACCCCUUCUUCACAGCUCAGUGUGUAUAAGAGUGUUUUUACAUGUGUGAGAAAUAAAUACAUGAGAAAGAAA